CAUGCCAUAUUUGUUCUCUUGGAUUUGAAUACAAAUGUAUAUUUACAAUUUGAAAUUUUAUCAUUAAUAUUUUACCUCUCAAUAUCUAUUUAGAUAUAGUCACAUAAGUUCCUUUCUUCAAAUCUCCUUUCCUUACAAAAUUUAGCCUAAAUUAAAUUUCUUCUUUAGAAGAUGCUAAAUAUUUCCUUUACUUGGAGUCAGUUGGUAAUUUCCCUCCAUUGUGUAGUCACACAGGCAUAUCUGACUCCUUGCGACCCCGGCAACUGUAGCCCACCAAGCUGCCCUGUGGGCUUCCCUUGUGGCUCAGCUGGUUUACAGAGUCCAACAAUUGCUAUUACACUAGUCUUGGGGAAAAAAGAAAAUGGAAUGAGAGUGAUGACCUGCGCUUCUAAGAAUUUUACUCUGCUUUAUAUAGAUAAUGAAGAAGAAAGGAAAUACCUGAAGUCCCUCUCAAUUAUGUCAUGGAUUCCAGUCUUUCAAGAAGGCAGUGAUCUUCCGUGGGUGUGGCAAAAUGGCUCAACUUGCAAAGUACAAGGGAGCUUUACAUAUGACACGACACUCCUCAUGCUUACGUUGUCUCUUUCCAGAAACUGUUUUUGAGACUCUUAUCCACAAGAAUCAGGAUCUUCUUUCUCUGAUCAGAGAUGAGUGAAUCUCAUACUUAUGCCAGUGAACGAGUAAAGUCUGGUGCUUCUAGACAAUGCCAAAAGAGAACAUGUAUAUUAACCACAAGUCAACGUGGACAAAACCCAUCUCCAUUUGUCCUUGCCAGAUCCGUUGCUAUAGCUAUGGGGAUUCAUUUCAUUGGAAUGGCAAUAAUAUGUAGUGCCAUGAUCAUAACUCCAUUAUUCAACCAAGAAGCUCCAAUUUCUUUGAAAGAAAAUUACUGUGGUCCAUGUCCUAAAAACUGGAUAUGUUAUAGAGGUAACUGCUACCAAUUUUUUAAUGAGAGCAAAAGCUGGUACCAGAGCCAAGCUUCUUGUAUGUCUCAAAAUUCCAGUCUCCUGAAGAUAUACAGCAAAGAUGACCAGGAUUUCUUUAGAUUGGUGAAGUCAUAUCAUUGGAUGGGACUAGUACAAGUUUCCACCAAUGGUUCCUGGCAGUGGGAAGAUGGCUCCAUCCUCUCGCCCAACCUACUAACAAUGGUUGAAAUGCAGAAUGGAACCUGUGCAGUCUAUGGCUCGAGUUUCAAAGCUUAUACAGAAAAUUGCUUAACUCCAAACACAUACAUCUGUAUGCAGAGAAUUGUGUAAAAUCUUAUAGUUAAUAAAAUAUGAAGUAUU